CAUCGUGUUCUGUUGGAGUUUAUCGUUGAGGAAGGAAAACCGCGUUCCGUUCGUUCGUGAAACUACGGUGUAGGAUAAAAAGAGUGGCUUUCCCCCGAUAGCUACGGAAGAACGUAUUCGAGGAUGGCGGACGACAGUCACGAGAACGGCACCAGCAACGGCGACGUGCCCGAGAUCGAGCUGAUCAUCAAGGCAUCCACCAUCGAUGGCCGACGAAAAGGCGCCUGCCUCUUCUGCCAAGAGUACUUUAUGGAUCUCUACCUUCUCGCCGAGCUAAAAACUAUCUCACUCAAGGUGACCACGGUCGACAUGCAGAAACCACCGCCAGACUUCCGCACCAACUUCCAAGCGACUCCGCCGCCGAUUUUAAUCGACAACGGUGACGCGAUAUUGGAGAACGAGAAAAUCGAACGGCACAUCAUGAAGAACAUUCCCGGUGGACACAAUCUCUUCGUGCAGGACAAAGAAGUGGCUACCCUCGUCGAAAACUUGUUCAGCAAACUAAAACUAUUAUUACUGAACGCGAAGGACAAGGAUAAAGAUCCGAAAUCCUCGUCGCUAAUGGCACAUUUGCGCAAAAUCGACGAGCAUCUGGGCCGCAAAGGCACGCGGUUCCUCACAGGCGACACAAUGUGUUGCUUCGACUGCGAGUUGAUGCCGCGGCUCCAACACAUUAGGGUUGCCGGCAAGUACUUCGCAGACUUUGAGAUCCCAGAAACUUUGGUGCAUCUGUGGCGGUAUAUGCAUCACAUGUACAGGCUGGAUGCCUUUUUGCAAAGUUGCCCGGCCGACCAGGAUAUUAUUAAUCAUUAUAAGCUGCAACAGAGCAUGAAAAUGAAGAAACACGAAGAACUGGAAACUCCAACAUUCACAACCAGUAUCCCCAUCGAGGUCAACGACGACUAGGCUGGACCUCUGCCGUCGGGUCUACGAUCUCGUUACUUUGAUUCAGAAAGAUUAUCGUCGGUAUUCGGUGUGGACACGUACACGAACGCGAACACGAACGGUGUAAACACGACGGCGCAGUAAACGUUUUUACUAUUAGUUCCAACGGACGUCUCCGUCUAGGAAGAAUUCAUUAUUUAUAAGAAGUACUCGGAAUCACACGAGCAUUCUAUUAAAAAUAUUCCAUCAUUUCGAUUCCGAUUACGUCGACGCCGUUAUACCGAUUUAUAUAACACUUUUUGCUACGUAUAUUUGAUAAACUAUCGACUAUUAAGGCUUUCAAAAAUGACCUGUAUAUGCGUGUCCAGAGAACUAUAUGAUUUCUUCCCAUCAAAUCCUUAUCGUUCUACGUUGUUUUUCUUUCUUUACGCUACGUAUCAAUUUCGUUACGUAGUCUUUUGACUUGAGUAGCAUUAUUAUUAGAAAAGGCAUUUUAAUCUUUUACAUGUACUUUAGAUCAAAACCUCGUAUUUUUGUAAGAGGAAGUUUAGGUGUUUUUUUUCAUCCAUCUUCUUAUGACGAGCAAAAGGGACGUAUGCAUUCGAAUUAAAAUUAUCUACCGAAUACGUUGAUAUAUUAUUUGUUAUUUUUUUCUCUUUUUUUCUUAAAAACUGCAAUUGUAUUUAGCGUGCAUUUCUAUAUUAUAAUCAAUAAAACGACGCAAUGCUUAUUCUUUAAAGGCCCUGUA